AUGGGAAAUAUCAUCUGUUGUUACUCUUUGGGGCCCCAGCCACGGGCCGCGAAGCUCAUUGACGUUCACGGAAAUUUACGACUUAUUAAGGUCCCAAUAACUGUCGCCGAGCUCAUGCUCGAAGAACCAGGCCACGUGAUUUCUCCGGUCGAAGUUCUCCGGCGAACUAGUCGGUUUGAGGCCAUGAAAGCCGAUGAAGAACUAUCUUCCGGAAAGCUUUACAUGUUGGUUCCCGCAAAUAGGAUUCACUGUUUGCUGUCGGAAUCGGAAAUGGCGCUUGUAAAAUUUUCUUGUGAGAAAAAGAAGGCGAAACGACGUAGUUCUAAGAUUUUGCCGGCAUUGACCCAGGAAGGCGGUGAGAAGGGUGAGGGAUCCAACGAUCCGGUACCGGUUUUGGGUGGGGAAAAUUCCGGUUUACCAUGUUACCGAUUGAGACAGUGGAGGCCCGCUCUUGAGCCCAUUUCAGAGGGGGCUUGA